AUGCGCGUAAACAUGACCACUGACGAGGUCCACCCGGUACUGCCGCUACUUUUCCUGCAGCAUCUGCGUGAUGUUGGAGGUGCAGCUAUCGCGGAUUUGCUGCAGCGAGCCACGACUUUAGAAGAGAAGACAGAGCUGCUAAUUGCUACUUCAGAAAAGCAUACUGAGCUAGAGACAGUGGCGAGUGCUGUUUACGAGCGCACGUGGGAGAAACUGCACUGUGGCAGCUGGAAGGACGUGCUGCCUGUAUGGCGUCAAGCUUUUGGACUCGCGAGUGUAUUGCAGGCGAGGAGUCUGCUUCGAUGCCAGCAAUUCCUAGACUGUCUUAGGACGCUGGAUAUGUGUCUGAUGAUGGCAGGGCCUUUUGCUCCAUCUGAGACACACAAGCUUCUUGCUGGCGUCGAGCAGCAGCUAGAAGAACAAACUCCGAGAAAGGAGGAAGUGCGACGUAUCAAGAAACCGCGGCUAGAAAAGCGUGUGUUGUGCGCUGCACAUGAUGCGAAGGAGCAGAAAGUGAAGUUAUCGUUUCCUCUUCAAGAAGUGAAGACGCCAACACUCGAUGAAUUCCGCCAUCAUGUAAUGAUGCAAACUAAGCCAGUGAUUAUCACGGGAGCAAUGGAGUUCUGGCCGGCGCUAGGGCGAGCAGCUGGACCCGAUCGAGCGUGGAAAAACGAGGAGUAUAUACGCCGAGUCGCAGGCUUGCGAACAGUACCCGUUGAGGUGGGGUCAAGCUACAUUGGUGACGAUUGGGGGCAGGAGCUGAUGACCAUAAACGAGUUUCUGGAUCGGCACAUUGUUCCACAGCUUGGGAACAAUGGCACUGAUAGUGGCAUUCCUGGAAGUCAAGCUGCACCAUCCAACAAGCUAGGGUACCUGGCUCAGCACCGCCUUUUUGACCAGAUUCCGGUGCUAGGACGAGACAUUGUCACCCCGGACUAUUGCACCGUGCAACGUGCAGAUCAUAGCAACGAUGGAGAGGACGAAGACAUCACGAUAAACUGUUGGUUCGGUCCCGGGGGGACUGUUUCACCGUUGCAUUUUGACCGCAAAGACAACCUACUGUGCCAAGUCGUUGGUGUCAAGUAUGUGCGACUCUAUGCUCCAGAAGAGAGCGAGAGACUCUACGCAAUGGAAGGUUUGCUGUCGAACACGAGUCAAGUGCAAGUGGAAAAUCCGGACAACAACAAGUUCCCCAAGUUUUGCCACGCGAAGUACGUCGAGUGCAUUUUAUCGGAGGGUGAGAUGCUCUACAUUCCUCCCAAGUACUGGCAUUAUGUGAAGUCUCUCUCCACUAGCUUUUCUGUAAGCUUUUGGUGGUCAUAG